ACUUUGCCGUCUGACGGACAGUCGUCAUGGAGACGCUCUCACUCGGCUUCCAUUUUGUUCCCGACUUUUUUUAUUUUUCUUCUUCUUCCUUCAAAUGUCUGAUGACCGGUCUUCGCGCGCGACCGCGCCGCCUGAUAGCCACUGAGAAAUCGAUCACCGAUUCGCGCGUUGUUGAGCAGCGCUGCGUGGGGGUUUAGCGCACGAGCGUUGUGCACGGGUCUGCAGCGCGCGCGCCAUUUUGUCCAGGGGCCGCGGCGGCGCGCGCGCAGGAUGAGUGACUGACGGACGCGGGACUGCUGCGCUGCGGAGCGCGCCGACGCUCACCGAGAGGCGCUGUUCUUUUCUCUACGAGGCUUUGCAUCGGACAUACUUUGUAAAGGGAUUCCCAAAGAAGGAGAUUGGGAAUUAUUGCUGAUUCUCCCGGAGGUUUUCCUUCCUCUCGUCAGAAAGAGGCGCGCGCGGCACGAUCUUCACCAAUGGUUCUGCAAACUGAAGAUCAACUCAACCAUCUCAGAAAACGGCAAGACCCUGCUGAGACAUCAGGGUUGUUCUCACCUGGACACACUCGCGAGGCGCUUCAGUGGGCUGUGGUUUGCAGAUGGAAUCCUCUGUCACAAUGAUAUGAGAUCUGUCCGAAGACGAUGCAUACAGGAGGAGAGACCUCAGCAUGCAAACCCUCCUCUGUUCGGCUGGCCCCCUCGUUUUCUUUCCAUUCGGCUGGUGUGCAGAUGGAUGCGCAGACGCCCCAUUCUCACCCGCCGUUCAGUGAUGGUCACCCGCCGAGCGAUGCUGACCAAUCAGCCGCUGCGCUGCAGGCCCCGCAGGUAACUGCUGAUCUGGUGAUGGUUCAGCGGCGGAUGCCUCAGUGUUUCCGGGAUCCAGCGACUGCUCCCUUGAGAAAACUCUCCAUCGAACUGAUCAAAACAUACAAACACAUCAAUGAGGUAUACUAUGCAAAGAAGAAGCGUCGUCACCAACAGGGUCAGGGCGAGGACUCCAGCAACAAGAAGGAGAGGAAGAUUUACAACGACGGCUACGAUGACGACAACUUUGACUACAUCGUUAAAAACGGAGAGAAGUGGAUGGACAGAUACGAGAUUGAUUCUCUAAUAGGCAAAGGCUCGUUCGGUCAGGUGGUGAAGGCCUAUGACCGCGUGGAGCAGGAGUGGGUCGCCAUCAAGAUCAUCAAGAAUAAAAAGGCCUUUCUGAAUCAGGCUCAGAUUGAAGUCCGACUGCUGGAGCUCAUGAACAAACACGACACCGAGAUGAAGUAUUACAUCGUUCAUCUGAAACGCCAUUUCAUGUUCAGGAACCACUUGUGUCUGGUCUUCGAGAUGUUGUCCUAUAACCUGUACGACCUGCUGAGGAACACUAAUUUCCGCGGCGUGUCUCUGAACCUGACGCGUAAGUUUGCUCAGCAGCUGUGCACCGCGCUGCUCUUCCUGGCCACGCCUGAGCUGAGCAUCAUCCACUGUGACCUCAAGCCCGAGAACAUCCUGCUGUGCAACCCCAAGAGAUCCGCCAUCAAGAUCGUGGACUUCGGGAGCUCGUGUCAGCUGGGACAGCGGAUAUACCAGUACAUCCAGAGCCGGUUCUACCGCUCGCCCGAGGUGCUGCUGGGAAUGCCCUACGAUCUGGCCAUCGACAUGUGGUCUCUGGGCUGUAUCCUGGUGGAGAUGCACACCGGAGAACCUCUGUUCAGCGGCGCUAACGAGGUGGACCAGAUGAACAAAAUCGUGGAGGUGUUGGGCGUCCCUCCCAGUCAUAUCCUGGAGCAGGCGUCUAAAGCCAGGAAGUUCUUUGAGAAGAUGUCUGACAGCACGUGGUGUGUGAAGAAGACCAAAGAUGGCAAAAGGUAUAAACCCGCCGGCUCCCGGAAGCUGCACAGUAUUCUGGGUGUGGAGGCUGGUGGCCCCGGCGGGCGGAGAGCUGGAGAGUCGGGUCACGCCGUCGCAGACUACCUGAAGUUCAAAGACCUGGUCCUGCGGAUGCUGGACUACGACCCCAAGACCCGCAUCCAGCCGUAUUACGCUCUGCAGCACAGCUUCUUCAAGAAGACGGCAGACGAAGGCACCAACACCAGCAGCAGUGUGUCCACGAGUCCAGCGCUGGAGCAGUCGCAGUCGUCUGGAACCACGUCCAGCACCUCGUCCAGCUCCGGAGGAUCAUCUGGAACGAGCACCAGCGGCCGAGCACGCUCCGACCCGACCCACCAACACCGGCACAGCGGAGGACACUUCAGUGCAGCGGCGAGACAGGGCUUCGCUCCGGCGCUGGGGUGGGUGGGAGGAGACGGACUCCAGCAGGCGUCCGGAGAGACUCACCCCGUCCAGGAGACCACCUUCAACGUGCCCCCCCACCAGCCCAAGGCUCUGCACCCCCACACAUCCCAUCAUCAUCAUCAUCAUCACCACCCUCCAGCGCAGCACGGUCAGGGCCCCGCCCGGCCCCGGCCCCGCCUCUACUCGCCCUCCCACAGCGCCUCCACACAGGACUCUAUGGAGGUGACCCCCGGACACCUGUCCAUGACCUCGCUGUCUUCCUCCGCCUCAUCCUCGUCCACGUCCUCGUCCUCCACCGGGAACCAUCACUACGCCUACCAGAGCCGCCCGCUGCCCCACGGCCUGGGCUUCGGCCACAACAGCAGCAUGACUCUAGGACUGGGUGCCUUCUCUAACCCUCGGCAGGAGACGGGCGUGCCGGGUCACCCCUCGAACUCUGGGCCGGGUCACUACAUGUCUGAGACUCACAUGGGCCUGCGGCCGGGCCUGGAGCGCGAGGAGUCGCCCAUGGUGUGUGUGCAGCCCAGCUCAGUGGCCAGCUCCUGACUCCUCUCGUCUGAGAGCGUGUGUUUGUUUGAUUAAAGCUGCUGGAACGGGGCGAGAGCCGCCCGCGGACGCCUGACACGAGGCUUUCCUCCUCUGACCUUUGCUUCUGUUCUCCGAUUCUCAGAUGGUUUCAGAUGUGCACGGGAGCGAGAGCGUCACGGCCGACCCACCCCAGCCCCCCACCGCGCUCGCGUCUUUUCUUCUUCACGUCGUGCAAUCGUGUGCUUCGAGCGGAGCUUUCCCAGAGUGCAAUGAGACCCGUGACGGGCGCGUGCGGCCGCGGGCAGCGCUGCUUUCAAAUGGCCUUAUCGUUACGGACAGAAGGAAGACGAGCCGGACGUUUCUUCUAGUGACAAAAGCUUUCAUGUAUUUUUGACGUGCGAAAACCCUUCAUUCACGACACGGUGAUCCGAGGCCUUUCUUCACUAGAGAUCCAGCGUGGGGCGUCACAGGCCGAGUCCCUUCCCGCUCUUCUGUUGUGCUCAGCAUGUGUGUUUUACUUCAGCCCUUUCGCUUCUUUGAUUUGGCUUCGCGAUUAUGCUGUGAAUUUUACACCACUUUUGUUUCUCCCUUUUGAUAAUUUAUUGUACCAAAGGCGUUUUUUUAUAGAACAUAGAUGUCUGCAACCAAUGUAGCAGUUCUGCACUUUGAAGCAAAGGUGUGUGUCAUGUCAGUGAACGCCUGUCAGAACUGGAAGUGAUGUUUGAAUCCUGGACGCCAUCGCUUGCGAAAUUCUGUCGCUCUGUUUUUUCUUUCUCUUCAUUUGCUCUCACCAGACGGCGGCGGCACGAGCUGCAAGCGUUUCCCGUCGGUGGUCUUGUGUUGAUUUGUCUCUCACGGGACGGUGGACGUGGACUCGAGCUGCUCGGCUGGUCCCAGAGCAGCUGGACAGUGGGAGAUCCUCUCGGCCGGACGCCGCCGGUGCUGCUCUCGAUCGCUCUCUCCGUCCGUCCGUGUGUGCGCUGGUGACGGUUGCGAGCGGACACAUGGUUCUCUAGAGUUCCUGUGGAGGGAGUCCAUGAAACAGGCUUCAGGUGUUUACUUUGUGACCCCAUUUUAAUAGCUGAAAUAGAAUUUAUGUACAUAUUUAUAUUUUUUUAAUAAAGGAAGUUUAGAACUCA